ACAGGCUCAAUACACCUCUCUUCCCACCGCCAUGAUCAACAGCAAGCACUGUCCCCGCGACCAUCAAGUGUAAUAGACAGAUUACUCGGGGUCCCAGCAGCAGCAGUGCUAAAGCGCCAACAUGUCCACCACACCGAUCACACCCGUCGCGGCACCACCGUACAGUGCAUACCUGCAUGACGCGCACUCCAACUCGCCCAUUACCCUCGGCCUCAUGUCAUCAUCCGGCGAGUCGACCUCGGGAUAUGCUGCCGGCCGGCAUGGUAGCAGCGAGGAGCACAGCUAUGUGGACACGCACGGACACAGACAACAUGAUGGGAACGGGCAUGGGCAUGCGAAUGGCUUUGCAAGUAGGGAUGGCGACAGCAGCGGGCAGCUCACCGGCAGCAGUGACGCCGCCACGCACCAUUCCAACAGCACUGUCAGCGACGGCACGGCCGGGCCCGGAGACCGUUCUGCCAGUCUAGGCCAUGGCCCGGGUUCAGGCUCAAGUUCAGGCCUAGAUCCUGGCACAGGUGCAAGCCAUGGCUCGCAUUCCAGCGCUGCCAAUCCGACAACGUCCUCAUCAGCGGGAUCUGGUCCCGGAACUGGGGCCAUCGUCUCGGGUCCUACUGCUGCUAGUGGCGGUGGACUGAAUCACGGCGCAGUCUACGGCUCCUCAUCGCUAAACACGCCGCCCAUCAGCCCCAAACGGCCACACCUAACCAGAUGGGAGUUGGAAGAUGUUCGCGCGUGGCUCGUCAGUGUCAAUUGCGGACAAUAUGCGGAUAAGUUUGAAGAGAAUGGGAUCAAUGGCGAGGUAUUACAUCUACUUGACGACAACGCCCUCAAGGACAUGGGCAUCCUCUCCGUCGGCCAGCGCCUACACAUUCUCAAUGGGAUUUUCAAGCUCAAGGAAUUCUACGGCCUGCCGAUCCUCGAGGGCGAUUACAUCCCCCUCUCGGAGGAAGUGGCGCGCAACAGCGUCGUCAUCGGCGCUGUCGCACUCGGCGCCGCCGCGGCCGCCAACACGACGUACAUUGGCGUAACGGCCAGUGCGGCGAGCAACAGUAUACGCGACUCGACCACAUCCUCUGCGUCCGUCCCGCUCUCACUGUCGGGUGUGUCCGCUGCGCCUUCGCUUUAUGGUUAUGCGACCGGGGCCGGGGCCGGAGCCGGAACUGGGGGUGCUGGGCCUGACCCUGGCAGCAUCAGUGCUGGCAGUAUCGGUGGCGGCAGCAGCACUGGUGCAGGAGGAACCGGCCCUAGCAGUAUUCGAGGCGGCAGCGGCAGCGGUGCUGGUGGUCUCAGCCUCAACUUGAGCGCUGGAGGGAUCGGCGGCGGAGGUGGGGGUAGUCUGAGUGCCAGCGGGCUCUUCAACGCGAUUCCAUCACCUUGGCACAUUGCCGGAAUUCUGCGCGAGAAGGACGAGCGCAUUCACAUGCUCGAGCACGAAGUCAACCGCCUCGGCGAGUACCUCUGCCGCGUCCAGCAGGAUUUUGUUGGCAUCUGCCGCAUUCUCAAUGUUCAGAACGCGCUCUCCGCCGAGCUGCCGCCGCUGCAGCCGUUCGUCCCGCUGCGCAAGCUGAGCGAGCACAGUGCCGCGUCCGUCCUGUCACACCCGUCCGGCUUGCCCGAGGCGACGCACAGCGGCGGCUCCGGCUCAACCUCGGGCUCCGGGCCUGCUUUUGGCAGCGGCAGCGCUGCUACUACUGCGUCUUCCAGCGCCAAUGCAGGCGCUGCUUCGCUGGCCCCACUGCAGGGACAGCGGCUCUCUCCGGAUCAACAGGCGCUCACGCCGACAGGCUUGGGUGGCGGCCCCGGAUCCUCGAGCGACCUUCAAGGCGCUGCGGAGCUCUCUUUCAGCCUGCCUUCUCCCAUUGCAGGAACGGCAGCAGCAGCAGCGACAGGUGGUAGCAUUAACGGCACUGGCGCCGGUGCGGCAGAAGGCGCUCCUACGCACCGUCAUCAGCACCAGCAGCAUCCCGUCGGCGCACAUGCAGAUGUGAAUGAGGGCUUGCAGUACGCAAGUGUAGCAGUUGGCGGCCAUGCGCGCGCCGGCGACCUCGACAGUCCGACGGAGCGAACCCCCGUCAGCGCGCGCCUCGGUGGUGCUGUGACUCGCGGGGUUGGUGGGACGGGUCAGCCGCCGAGUUUCCAACAGCAGCAGCAAGGGGGAGAAGUCGAGAUGGGGGCUCUGCAAAUGCAGCAACAGCAGCAGCAGCAGGAGACGGAAGCUGAAGGAAGCUCCUUCGUGUCUGCUUCUGGAACCUACCCGGACGUCCUCGCAGAUCCGCCCGAGCGUGGCGCUGCUCAGGGAGAGGCCGCAGCAGCAAAUGCCAGACCCAGCUCUUACGGGAAGGGGCAUGCCCGCUCUACCGACGAACCGACACUCGACUCCCCCACUGUAAGCACGUCGACGCAAAGUCAGAGUCAUCAGAGCAACGCGAACACCAGUCUCGCUGCUACGCCUACCAGCGCCACGCACCAGUCCUCUUCGGCCGGCUUUAGCAGCUCGAAUACGACGAACAAGUUGGCGCCGCCCUCUGCCCCUUCGCUGGCGGCUAGCACGACUACUGAAUCGACCGCCAGUACCGCAGAUUCGGCCACGUCUGGUACCAGCUCCAGCGCCGCUGUUGCUGCUGCUGAGAACAGCUCUACCUCGAGUAAUCCUGCGUCAGGAGCUACAAGCAAGGACAAACCGUCCUCUACUGACAACCCCUACAAAAGCUUCCGCGUCACCCUCGACGAUCCGUGUCACAAGGUGCUCCCUGCCGCGCUCAAGAAGUACAAGAUCAACGAUGACUGGAAGCAGUACGCUCUGUUCAUUUGCUAUGGCAACACUGAACGCUGCUUGAGCUACGACGAAAAGCCGCUGCUGCUCUUCCAAAAGCUGAAAGAGUCAAAGCAGAACCCAGUGUUCAUGUUGCGAAAUAUCAAGGAUGUCAAGAGCCCCAUUGCGAUUGCGAAUGCUAAGGCCGAAGCGCGUGGAUUACAAAGCGGAUGGAGUCGUGUCGCAAAGAAGCGUGAGGAGCUGCUCCAGGCAUCCGCGGAUGCAGAGGCGUCCGGCACCACAGGUACGAACGGCGAAGGCGGGGAGCUGCCAAAAGGCAGAUCACUGCCGCCACUAAACACGUCUUUAAAUGUGCCUGGCUCCAUCACGCCUGCUCUCAUGAGCGGCGGCGUGAUGCAGCGGCAACAGAGUUUGCCGAGGUAUGUUGGCCCUGCCAGUGCUCUACCCAAGAAUGGCAUCGCAGACGCUUCUACGCGGACGUACGCUAUCGCCAUCUACCCCUAUGCGUCCGAGCGCGAUGACGAGUUUGACGUCGCGGUCGGCGACACUUACAUUGUGCUGAGCAAAGCGAAAGGGUGGUGGAUUGUGCAGGGCGAUAGUAAAGCGGAUGGUACGGGUGAUAUAGAUGUCGCGCAAGCAAAGGUCGGCGACGGAGAUGGCGACGAGACGGACUCCGCCACGAUCGAUCGCUCGGAGACGGAAGCAAAUGGCGGAGGAUUGGUCAUGGAAUCGGGUUGGGUCCCCGCCGGGUGUUUACUCGAGGUCAGUCGACCGCUCCUGCUCCCGGGAACGUCGACUGGGUCACCUGCGACGCCACAAUACCCAUCUCGGACCAGUCAACAGAACACGACCGACGACUCGCUCGCCCCCGACGCCGCCCUCGGUGGGGGAAGUGGUGGGCGCUCACUUUCGCCUGGCUCUGCUGGUAGCGGCAACGGCAGUGCUGGUAGCGACAGUCUACCACAACCCAGCUUCUCAGACGUAUCCAAGGUGCCCAUUUCGCCUUCAAUCAUCAUCAGCACCAGCACGCCUGGCGUCAUGCUCAUGGACUUUUCUGCACCGGACCGGGACCUGGUACUGAAGCGCAACGAUAAAUUGCGUGUCUUCAAGCGGUACAAUCAUUGGUCGUACUGCGUCAAGGAGGGGAACGACCAUUCACGAGGAUGGGUCCCAAGUUGGUUCAUCGGCAAAGCAACAUCCAGCAAGCCAGCGACUUCACGCAACAUUUCAUCCGGCUCGUCCAGAAAUGCGGAUCUAAAGUCAGGCGACAGCCACAACUCAGACUCAGCUGGUGCCAAUGCUGCACCUGAGGUGGGUGCCAGUUAACCAGCACGGGUCUCGUCUGGCAAGCACUAGAUAGUCCAGCAGGCAUGACACCGUUGGGUAAGGAAAUGCUGUUGGAUUUCACGUCCGCGGCAUCAUAUGCGCAUCA